CUAUAAAAGAGAGCUGAUGCUCAAUGCUGAAUGUCUGCUGUCAAGUCUGCUUUGGAGAGAAGACGUGGUGAGGCAAAACCUUGGGCAUCAUGCUGACCGACCUGGAGAAGGCGCUAAACCAACUCAUUGGUGUCUACCACAAAUACUCCCUGUUGCAGGGGAACUAUCAUGCUCUCUACAGAAACGACAUGAAGAAACUCUUAGAGGUGGAGGGUCCCCGUUAUUUGAAGAUAAAGAGCGCAGACGCCUGGUUCAAAGAGUUGGAUAUCAACUGUGACAAUGCAAUAAACUUCCAGGAGUUUCUCAUCCUGGUGGUAAAGAUGGGUGUGAUAGCCCAUGAAGACAGCCACAAGGAGUAGCUGGGCUGGGGGGCCUGGGGCCUGGGCUCCCGGGACUUGUACCUGCAGAGUAAUAAAGUCAUUAAGAUCUUGAGC